AGAAGCAUGCUAUUUUCCCUCAAUUUUUUGGUUUAUUGUUAUGCCGGGAAUCAAGGGGUUCUUGUUUUUUGUUUUUUUUUCAAAUCAUGCUAAACCUUAAAAGAUGUGAUGAAGUAUCGAUUGAUAAAUCAUUGACCGAAUUAUUUAAUUGAUUGUUUGUUCAGGCAAUAUCGGACAAUGUCUUUGGAAUAUUGUGAAAUUGAGGGAAAUGAGAGGAUAGAUGAGGAUUUUAGAAGGAUCGGAACUCUACUGAUCUGGCAGAAAUAUUUUUUGACAAUCGGGGGAUUAUGGCCAAUGGAGAGAACAUACAUUCGAUGUAGUAUUUGGACAGUGUAUCUAGCAUUGCAUUUAGUGAUGGAAUAUAUUGAACUUUUUACGUCAUACGGGAAUUUCAAUUAUGCGGUGAUAAGUGUGCUUGAAUCAACAAUGCAAUCCAUGGUAUUUAUUAAACUCAUUGCCUUCCGAUAUAGCAAGACAUUAUAUAGGUUGCUAGAAGCGAUGAGAGAAGAGUUUUCCGGUGAUAUGUGUGAUAAUCGUGAGGAAAAAAAAUUGUAUUUGAAAUUUCACCAGUUGUCGAGAUGGUAUUAUAAGUUAUCAGUGCCGUACAUUAUGUGCGGAGCUACUUUGUACGUUGGAAGGCCCAUGAUUACAUCUUUUUUCAGUGGAAGCUUUGGGGACAACAGUUCCACUAUGGUUUUUCCCUUUCAAAUUAAAUUGCCAUUCGCAGUACUUGAUAUGCAAACAUAUAUGAUAACAUACGCUUACUUGAUACCAAUGGUUUAUUUAUUGGCAUGUCAAAAUGCCUGGAUCUGUCUUCUCAUUACUAUACAACUCCACAUCUGCGGCCAAUUAUCUGUUGUGGAGUAUAGAUUGAGAAAUCUGGCGGAUGAGAACCAUUUCUCUCGCAAUAGCCAUACAAUUUUCAAAUCAUCGGUCGACCUGCAUUCCAGAGCCAUUUGGAUGUCCAAAUCAUUCGACAACAAUUUUCAUUUGGUUCUGCUAGUCGAUCUCGUCGUCAUGACCCUUAUGUUGGGAUUAAUUUCAUACAUUAUAGUAAUUGCAGACGCUUUGGAAGACAGCAGCACUGGUCCGGUAUUCAUUUUUUGUGGAUUUGCAACACUCGCUCUAAUAUAUGGUUAUUGCAUCGUAGGAGAGGCUCUUUCAGUCGAGAGCAGUAAAAUUCAUACAGCCUAUUCGGAAUGUAUGUGGCAUGAAUCAUCAGGAAAUUUUAGAAAGGCAGUAAUGAUUGGUUUGCUCGGCUCUCAAGAACCACUUCGUAUGACAGCUGGAAAAUUUUUUAUCUUCUCAUUAUCUGGUUUUACUAAUGUAAUUUGAUAAUAUUUUGAACUCUCGGUAGUUGCAAAGUAACGGCGUUCAUUAUCCCUGAAAUUAUUUAAUUUUUCAUUUGACGUAUGUAAAAUUGCAACUACCCAUACUCAUGGUUCGUUUUUCCGUGUCGAAUACCAUGAAAAA